AUGACACUUACUGAAUUGCAUCUCCAACGGAAUGCAAUAGGAGAUAUUGGAGCCAAACACUUGUCACAUGCACUAGAAAUCAAUACAACACUUACUACAUUAAAUAUUCGUUCCAAUCGAAUUGGUACAAUGGGAAUAAAAUACAUAGUAGAUGCAUUAAAACAUAAUAAGAGUCUCAAUAACCUCAAUGUGGCGCAAAAUCAAAUAGGAGAUCUCGGAGUACAAUAUUUGGCAAAUUUAAUAGAAUACAAUACAACGAUCACAUUUCUCAAUAUCGGAUCACAUGAUAUUAAAGAUAGAGGAGUACAAUUUCUGGUAGAUGCUUUAAGAAAUAAUACGAAUAUUACAUCAAUAUAUCUUGAUAGAAAUCAUAUCAAUAGCAGUGGUGCACAAUAUCUUGCAGAUCUGUUAAAGACUAAUAAAACAUUGAAAACAUUAAACCUUCACAGAAAUCAUAUCGGAAAUGAAGGAGUUCAAUAUCUUGCUAAUGCACUUGAACAAAAUACAGUACUUGAAGAAUUACAUCUUGAUGACAAUAGAAUUGGAGAACAAGGAGCGAAACAUCUUGCCGAUGGACUUAUUAAGUCAAAGAGAUUAAUCACACUGGAUCUGACGAAUAAUCAAAUUGGAAAGGAAGGAGCACUGUAUUUGGCUCAAGCAUUAGAACAUCAUCGAACUCUCACUUCCCUUUCACUUGGAAAUAAUCAUGUUGAAGAUGAAGGAGCCCAAUAUUUAGCUAAUGCUUUAGAAACCAAUAAAGUACUUAAAACGUUGGUUCUCCGAAAAAAUCAAAUCGGAAAUGAAGGAGCAAAUUGUUUCGUCAGCGCACUCAAACAUAACACGAAUCUGAAAAAUCUCUAUCUUGAUGAAAAUGAAAUUACUGAUGGUAAAGCUAUUUCAGCUAUAGUGACAUUUAGAGAUACUAAUUACGACUGUAUUCGCCUCGAUUUUUAUGGAAUGGGAGACAAUUUAAUCGAUUUGUUUGCAUUUGGUUUACAAAGAAAUACAAAUGUUCAACACAUUACCCUUAUCACAAAUAAAAUAGGUGAUAGAGGUGCACAAAUUUUAGCUUCGUUAAUAAAAAAUUCAACGAGACUCAUCAGCUUAGAUCUUCGAUCAAAUCAUAUUGGAGAUCAAGGGGCUUCUUAUCUGGCGGAUGCUUUGAUAAAUAAUACAACAAUGACUACACUUAAACUUCGUGGAAAUGAAAUCGGACCAUCGGGCACAAAGUAUUUGAUAGAUGCUCAACAAAAUCGAACAACACCUAUUGAACUAGAAAUCAACGGUAAGCAUAUCGAAGAAAUUUGAUUUCAAAUUUUGAACAUUUUUUAAUGAAAAUAUUAUAAAUCUCUCAGUUCUUCACCAUCAUUAGUGUUCCACUUUCACUCAAUGUUAUCAUUGAUCACGUCAAUACAAAUAUUGGCAAUUGAAUAUUAUCUAUUAUCCAAAAGGAAAAAGGCUGAUCUACAGAUCUUUACAGUCAGUAGAAUCACAUGAAAUAUGUGCAUAUCUAAUAUCAUGUAAUUCUAUGAUUGUAGACAUAGAUCCAUCUGGUCGGGAACCUAGUCUAACUGGGUGCUAGUCAGCUCUGUUCAGUGUUCAGUACACUAGCCGUAAAUUAAUUUGAUAAUUAGAAAAAUUUUCGACAUCGAGAAACUCGAAUCUAAUAUCAGUUUCUUAAAAAUUUUAACUUAACUCUUAUGGAAGAAGUAUUAUUUUAACAAUAAUAGAUUGCCUUUUUCUUCAGUAAGAAAGUAAUAUCUUUUUUUUACGAAAACAGUAUAUUGGAAAGAAAAUUAUUUUCAUUGUUAAAUAAUAUUUUUUAGUAAAAAGAAGUUAAACAAGAUCCAGAAUACCCAGUCCGAUUAAACUGAUGCUUCCAUAAGUUAAUUUAGUGAUUAUAAGCGAUUCUGAUUAUCUUGAAGGUCUGGAAGCAGCUUUUCUAUAUAGCCUCACAGUUAGUGGGAUCACGCAGAAUCAAUAGAAUCAGCUUUUUCCCUCUUAUUAUUAUCUAAUAAAGUUUAGAAUAGAAUCAUAUUGACGAGUUGAACAAAUUCAAUUGUUUUCACUGAUUUUUUUUUGGAUCGUGCUAUCAAGACUACUCUUAGUAGCACAAUCUGAAUAUCUAAACACGUCUUUUAUCUGGAAAUUUCUAUACAUAGUACUUGCGAACAACUUACAAAAUUCUGUCUUUACGGGCGUCAUUAACACAUCGUUAGAAGAACAUAUGCAUACUAUUGAGGAUAAAAAUAGUAAAAGAGAACAAUGGAUUAUGUAGGAUAUUGCAUUCACUAUUCAAAAUAUGUUCAACAUUGUAUUGUUAUUAUAUAUUCUAAUAUUAAAUAGUGUGUUUGGUAGAAGGUAUUUAUAAUAAUGAAAACAAUUUUAGUUAUUAUUUAAUAGCACAUUUAUCUAUCGUAAUCAUACUUUUUCAUCGAAGAUGAAAACAAAUAUAAAAAUUAUCUGUUUGAAUUCGAUUUAGUUCAGAUUGAUGUCACAAGAGAUUUUAUCAAAUUUGAUCUACUACCAAUUCUUUCAAAAAAUUUUCUUUCUGAACAUUAGAAUUUUCUAUCAACUAUGUUAAAACAAGUAACCUUCAUUGAUAUCGAAGAUCGAUUCACUGAGCCCUAGACUGACGGAUGGAUGAAAACCAUAUGGUUUUAUUUUUCGGGUUACUUGUGCCGUGGAAAUGGUCAUUAAUGCCAUAGAGAAAGGGUCAUUUUUACCAUAGAAACGACCGUUUGUGCCAUAGAAACGGUCAUUUGUGCCAAUCCCUUGUUGCAGACAGACAGACAGACACAAGUGAAUGACAGUUUCUGGACCCUUGCCUUUCAAUUUAGGGAAUAUGUGUCCAUAAAAUUAAAUAAAUAUUAGAAAAUAAAGUUGUUGAUUGUCUAUUACUA